UCGUGCAUUUUGUUUCUUUGCAUACGUUAGGGACGACCAUUGAAUUUGGCGCGCUUUUUUAAAAGCAAAACACUCCCGGCAGAUUAUAAGCCGUCAAGUGAUUCUCGCGCGAAAUGUAACGUACUAAUUGAAAUGGCGACCGUCAUGUUUGCUUUCAUCUUUAGCGCCGUUAAAGUUUAUUUGCUGACCGGCCACGGGUGCUCGAAAUAGAUGAUUAUUAUUAUUAUUGUUAUUAUUAUGGAUCAAACCUAUGGAAAGUGUCAAAUGUUUCAAUAAAGCGGAAGUUCGUGGACGGUUAGGGCUCCACAAUGGUUUCGUAUUUGGAGUGGUGGUUUAUGAUCUCCAACUUCGUGUCCGUCCUCGGCAAAACAGAAGACUGUCUGCUAGAAGACACGCAAAUAAAUUGCAAGCGCGUGUUACCUACGAACGGAUCCAGUCCGUACGUUGAAUCCGUACGCUUAUCCGACGUCGAUUUGACGCAUUUGGACUUCAACGUAUUCCUCAACUUGUUCCCUAACGUGAAAAACCUCUCCGUUAUCGGAAAUAACAGGACCGUCCUGGGAAAGAUGGUUUUGCCACACAAAAAUACCAAAAUUAAGGCCCUACAACUAAAUGGUUUACAAAUAUCCCACUUUAACGAGCAUUUCCUCGACCAUUUUCCGGAUCUAGAGGUGCUUAACAUAUCGGCGAAUUUCCUCACGGAACUGCCGAGACUCCCGUUUGCCGAUAUCAAAGAAGUUUAUUUAGCUGCCAACAGAUGGAACUGCUCCGGGCACUUGGAAUGGUUACUCGAGCUCGACCACGCGGUCUUUCGCGACUUGGAUAAACUAAUUUGUUUUAAGAUGCCGCACAACAACAAACCCGUAUUGGCAAUCGCCAGAAUACAAAAGGAAACGCGGCAGACGUGCACUGCAAAUUGCUCGUGCUGGCUUUUGAAAUGCGUAACUGAUCCGAAAACGGGCCUGCUCGAGCCCAUUAUAGAGGUAAACUGUUCCUAUAGGAAUUUUACGGAGCUUCCGAAGACGUUUCCGUUGAAAACGAAAAUCCUCCAUCUGGAAGGGAAUCAAAUUGAAGAUCUCAGCCCAAUUCGUGAAAAUUUGAAAUACAAACUAUUGUCAGAUUUAUAUUUAGACGAUAACAACAUACACUGCAUAAAUGUGCUGGAGGGAUCCACUUAUCUGAAGCAUUUUCGAGUAUUUUCUCUGGCUGGCAACAGACUGACAGAGUUGCCGACAUACGCUAUCGAUAACGCUCUGCAGCGAAAUCUCAAUAUGCCAGAUGCUGUACGGAUAAGCUUGGGUCGAAAUCCGUGGAGAUGUGAUUGUUUGUUUACGCCCGCAUUUCAGGAAAUGUUGCAAAAGUAUGCACCCCAAAUUACAGAUUUGCGGGACAUAAAAUGUGGCCCCGCUAAAGGGGAUCCGAACUCAAAUAAAAUGGUCGUCGACUUAACGAGAGUUGAUGUAUGCCACUCGCCGCCGGAGUAUUCGAUUCAGGAUGCGCUAGAUCUUCUGAACACCAUUUUGGCGCUGCUCAUUAUAUUCAUUUUGAGCAAACUGGCUUACGAUUAUUACAAAUUUAAAAAGACUGGUAGACUACCGUGGAUUAUUACUAAAAUGCCUUAAUAAAAACAAAA